AUGCAGCAUGCUGCCAGAAAAAUAGAACUCAACCGAGAACAUUUUCUCGCCAUAAUUUAUUACAACUUUCAGAGACAAUUAUCGCAACAAGAAUGCCUUGCUGAGUUACUGUCUGUUUUCGGCAACGAAGCGCCGCAUCAGUCGACAAUUUCCCGAGGGUAUGGAGAAUUCAAACGUGGACGGGUGAGUCUUAGCGACGAUCCCAGGGUGGGUGCACCAAAAACGACAGUCACCCUGGAAAACGUCGAUGCUGUGCGCAAACUCACCAUUGAAGAUAGACAUGUGACAUAUCGCGAGAUCGAGGCGUCCUUGAAGAUCUCAAAGACCUCAAUUCAAAAAAAAUUACAUGAAGAAUUAGGAGUAAGAAAAUUAGUUUCUCUUUGGAUGCCCCACCUGCUGACUGAAGAGCAGAAAGUAGCCAGGGUUAAUUGGUAUCAAAAAACGCUUUCCGGAAACUCAAAAAAUGUGUACAGCAUUGUUAGUGGUGAUGAAUCAAAAAAACGACAGUCGGCUGUUUGGGUGUUCCAAGGUGAAGAAAAGCCAACAAAAGUCAUCCGUUCUGGAACGGGUCAUAUUGCAACAAUUCCUCUUAAUGAGCAAAGAACGGCUACUGCGGAUUGGUAUACCACCAUUUGUUUGCCAAAAGUCAUCACCGAGCUUCGAAAAAACAACCCUGAUAGAAGAAUCAUCCUCCACCAAGACAAUGCAAGCUCGCACACAGCCCAAAAAACAAGGCAGUAUUUAACGGAAGAAAACUGUAAUAAGUGCUUCGAAAAUUGGUUCGAGCGCAUGCAGAGGUGUAUUAAUCUUCGUGGAGAAUACUUCGAAAAACAAUAA